CGGAAGUGGAUAUGUUUACCGGUUGCUACAAACGGGUGUGCUUUAAAAGAUUUAACAUUAGCUCUAAAUAAGGUUUUUAUCGAUGUACUUGAACACAGUAGUGACUAAAGGUAUUUUGUAAAGUCAGCGGGUGACUAUGAGCAGGCUGACGAACAGUUUGACCUUUAAAUAGAAAUGGAGAAGAAUGAAGAGCAGGUCCAAACAAACUGCAGUAAAACACUGCUUGUCCGUCAUUUAUCUGCUGAGCUCACCCAGGAGGAGAAAGAGGACCUCCUGAAGUAUUUCGGAGCUGAGUCGGUUCGGGUCUUCUCUAACACAGGUCCAUUGAAACAUGCAGCCUUUGCAACCUUUAAAAGUGAAAAGUCUGCAACAAAGGCUCUCAGCAGGCUCCAUCAGUUAGAGGUUCUUGAUUGCACACUUGUUGUGGAGUUUGCAAAAGGACAAGAUAGUGUGACAGUGCUGAAAGACCCACCAGUGUCAAAAAAUGGAAAAAAAUUGGAAACACAGCAGAAGAAACAAGAAACCAAACAGCCAAAUAUUCCUCUUAUAGAGACCGGCAUAGCUCCAAGCAUUGGGCUGAAUUAUCAAUCCAAUCCCACUCUGAAAUAUUUAUAUCCUCCUCCUUCUAAUGGCGUCCUGACAAAUAUAACACAUGCUCUCAUCAGUGUGCCAAAGUUUUAUGUUCAAGUUCUGCAUCUGAUGAACAAGAUGAAUUUACCAUGUCCGUUUGGCCCAGUCACUGCCAGACCCCCCAUGUAUGACUUCCUACCUCCAGCCCCACCCAUCCCCAUGCCUCCCCCAUUUCCUCCUGACUUCCCCCCACUACCUGAGGAGGAGAUGGAGGUGUCCAGUGAAGAAUCUGAGUAUGAGAGUGGAGACGAUGAGGACAAGGAGAGGAUUGUUCGUCUGAUGGGCCUGGUCAACCAAGCAUGCAAGAGACCCCUGAGACCAAAAACAACUUCAAAGAGAAAGAAACCCAAGAUCAAGGAUCUACUCUAUGCUCCCAAACCAGACUCUCAGAGUGCUCCGGUACUGCAGCCUUCUGAUGUGUUCGAGCAGCCCCUCCCCGCCGGGCCAAAGAAGAUUGAAUUCCACAUCUCAGUUCCUGAGGUGGCAGCAAUGGUGGAGGGAAGUGGGCAGGGUCAGCCUGAUGAGGAAGGCAAAGAUGGUGAUGGGAGAGGUCUUGGAGAGGAAGGGGUAGACGCUGAAGGUUUUGGGAAGCUUUAUCCCACUGCCCAAGCAUCACAACAAGAAGGGGAGCAAAGUGAUGACGAGCAUGAUCUGACCUCAAACAUCAUCUCUAGGAAGGAGCUGGAGAAAGGACGGCUUUCAAGAGACGAGAUAAAAAGGAUGUCUGUGUUCAAAAAUUAUGAACCUGGAGAGCCAACCUGCAGACUCUAUGUAAAGAAUAUAGCCAAACAAGUAGAGGAGAAGGACCUGAAGUAUAUCUAUGGGCGAUACAUCAACCCAUCCUCAGAGGAAGAGAGAAACAUGUUUGACAUUGUGUUAAUGAAGGAGGGCCGGAUGAAAGGGCAGGCCUUCGUAGGACUCCCCAGUGAGCAGAGUGCAGAGAAAGCCCUGCGGGAAACCAACGGCUACGUUCUGUUUGACAAACCCCUCGUCGUUCAAUUUGCCAGAUCUGCAAGACCAAAACAAGAGAACACAGACACAAAGAAAGGAGGGAAACCGCGAUAAACUCAACAGUUGAGAUGCAGAGGCUUGAUAUUGUGGCCCAGCAGAACCAUUUGUAUCCUUAAUGUGGAAUAUCCUUUUGGGAAAAAUAGAAAGAAUGGACGUUUAUUCCUAACAAUUGUUGUGCAAUUGGAUCCAAUCAAGCAAUCAAACUUUAAAGGGAUAUUGCUUUGUUUCUGUAACAUAUCACCUGUUAUCUGCUGUAAUAUUUAAUGUAGACAUCAUACAUCUUUAUUUUACUAUUUCUUUUUUGUUUUAC